AGAUAGAGCAGAGCACUCGUACGCAUCGGCGCAAGAAUACAAAGAGGCCCUUGAAGCACUACGAAGGAACACAGGCGCUGAGCGCAGCAAACCACAGCGCACUCUCGAAUCGGAAAUCAUGAGGUCCGAAGAAGUAGAGCAGGAGUUACAGGAAGAACUGUUACCAGACCCAUGGGAGCUGAACAACACGGCGCGGAGCGAUGUGGAGCUGCUGUUCUUCAACCGGGUGCCGAAGGUUGGGAGUCAGACCUUCAUGGAACUGCUACGGCGAUUGGCUAUUAGAAAUCAAUUUGGUUUCCACCGAGAUGCAGUGCAGCGAGUGGAAACGAUCAGGCUCGCGCCAGCGGACCAGCAAGUGCUCGUAAGCGUGGUGUCAGCGCACACACCACCCGCCUCCUACAUCAAGCACGUCUGCUACACCAACUUUACCAGAUUCGGCUACCCUUCUCCGAUCUACGUGAACGUGGUCCGCGACCCCGUAGAACGAGUAAUCUCCUGGUACUACUACGUAAGAGCUCCCUGGUACUACGUCGAACGGAAGAGAGCCUUCCCAGACCUGCCUCUGCCUGAUCCCGCCUGGCUGAAAAAAGAUUUUGAGACAUGCGUGCUCAGCGGAGACCGCGAGUGCCGCUACCUGGAGGGAGAGACGCAUGAAGGGAUUGGCGACCAUCGCAGACAAACGCUUUUCUUCUGCGGCCAUGACCCACAGUGCACGCCUUUCAACAGUCUAGAGGCGCUUCAGCGUGCAAAAAGAGUGGUGGAGCAACAGUACGCCGUGGUCGGUGUGCUCGAAGACAUGAACUCCACCCUGCUUGCAUUCGAGCGGUACAUCCCGCGCUUCUUCCAAGGAUCGCUGAGACUAUAUUGGGAGCUUAACACGUUUAACCGUAUCAACCGCAACGCAUUCAAGCCUCCAGUCUCCGAAGCCGUGAAGCAAAUCGUCCGCGCGAACUUCACGCGCGAAAUCGAAUUUUACGAGUUCUGCAAACAACGGCUUUACUUGCAACUGAAAGCACUCAAGGACUCUUCCAUCACGCUGCCCGUCCCUACUCCCAACGCGCGACAGAUACAAAAUAAUUAUAUUUAUAACAAUGUAUAGUAAAACCGUUACUACUAAGAACUUAUUUAGUAAAAUAUAUUCAGGGCAGGAAAGGUCAAAAACGCUUUAAAAACGGACUUUAUUAUCGAAGCGGACCAAAAUAUAAAUACCCUAAUUGAUAAAAAUAUUAUAAUGGUCAUCAUCAUUAUUCCCCACUACUACUUACUAGAAAUUAGACUGUAG